AUGGCCUUUCCUCCCCCUCACAUCCACCCCCCUCAGCCCACUCACAGGCACACGCACACCAUCAUUCUGCUUCACGGCCGCGGCAGCGACGGACCGGAGUUCGCCUCCGAGCUUUUCUCCUGCGCGACGUCCGCAGCAGAUGGGCAGAACCUGCCUGCAAGACUGCCCAGUUGGCGCUGGGUGUUUCCGACUGCGCGCGAGCGACAGUACCCAGAAUUAGACGAGGAGGAGCAGGAAGACGACUAUGUCAUGCGCGCCUGGUUCGAUGCGUAUUCGCUGAAAAUGGACCAUUUUUGCUCUGCUCGAGACCAUCUCCCUGUGUCGAUACAAUGUUGCACUACAUGUACUCGUUGCUUGGAUGCCUUGUCCAAGUCAAAGAAAAUGACAGAAUAUGCUGCCAUUGUGACUUUGGCUAUUGAUUAUGCCUAUCAAGAGAUAUCAGAUUCGUCUGUGACUGGUAUAUUUCUACACCCUCAUAGAACAAACCAUGGCAGCCUGCUUCUCAAGAAACCGAACCACAUCCUCAAACCCCUCUGGCUCCUUGAUCCAGUGCCCAUCGCCCUCUGCUCCACGGUACUCCCUCCACUCAGCCCGGAUGCCCAUCUGCGUCAAGAGCCCAUGCGCCUGACGACCCAGGCCAACGUCCACCCAACCGUCAUCCGUCCCGUGACUCAGCAUCACGGGCGUCGACAGCACGGGCUCAAACUGGAUGUCCUGCACCUCAGACUGCGGAUGGCCGAUCGUUUCGAGGAGGAAUCUCGAUACCAAGACGCCUUUACUCGUGCUGCCGCCGCCGCUGCUGCUACUGCUGGUGGUAGUAGCUGA